AUCCACAACGUUCCAACCUUUAAGACUCCGUUAUGGCAAACGACACUGCCGUUGUGACGUGGCGCAAAAUCCCCAGCCUCAAACUAACCUCCUUCAACAACGACGAUGUCGUUUUACCUAGCCGCUCCAAACAUCUCCGAAACGACGCCACACUCGCCUUUGCCGCCGGCGACGCCAAUGGCAGUGGAAUCAGCUGUAAAUUCGCGUCCGUGUCGGUGGCAAAGACGAGAUUCGACAGAGAAUUCGCGCCUACGGCAUCUCAGCUCCUUAGACGCCCGCUCGCUGUGGUGGCGCUCGUUCCAAAGGAUGGCGCGCUGUUUCUCGCCGGAGCUAUCGCCGGCGCUGCCGCGAAGACCGUCACGGCGCCUCUCGACCGUAUCAAGAUCCUCAUGCAGACGCAUGGAGUGAUAGCCGGUAAAGCAAGUGCAAAGAAAGCGAUUAGUUUGAUUGAGGCUAUAACAGUUAUAGGGAAGGAAGAAGGAAUCAAAGGUUAUUGGAAGGGCAAUCUCCCCCAGGUUAUUCGGGUUAUACCUUAUAGUGCUGUCCAGCUUUUUGCUUAUGAAACUUAUAAGAAAAUUUUCAGUGGCAAGGAUGGUAAGCUCUCUGUUCUGGGGAGACUUGCAGCUGGUGCUUUUGCUGGCAUGACAUCAACUUUUGUUACUUACCCAUUAGAUGUCCUGAGAUUACGAUUAGCUGUUGAGCCUGGUUAUCGAACAAUGUCAGAGGUUGCAUUGAGCAUGCUAAGAGAAGAAGGGUUUGCAUCUUUCUACUAUGGUCUUGGACCUUCUCUUAUUGGAAUAGCUCCUUAUAUUGCAGUUAACUUCUGUGUUUUUGACUUAUUAAAGAAGUCAUUGCCAGAGAAAUAUCAAAAAAGAACUGAAACAUCUCUACUAACUGCGGUGCUUUCAGCAUCUCUGGCCACACUUACAUGUUAUCCUCUUGACACUGUACGAAGACAGAUGCAAUUGAAGGGUACACCAUAUAAGACUGUAUUAGAUGCCAUUUCAGGUAUUGUGGCAAGGGAUGGAUUUAUUGGCUUGUAUCGAGGAUUUGUGCCCAAUGCUUUGAAAAACUUACCAAACAGCAGCAUCAGGCUUACCACAUAUGACAUUGUCAAAAGGCUAAUUGCAUCUAGUGAGAAAGAAUUCCAAACAAUUACAGAGGAAAACCGCAACAAACAAAUGAAACAAUAGUCAGUGAUAGUGUGACUCAAUUGUUUUGGUCAUUAUUUUGCUGCUGAAAUUUUUUGUGGUGGAACUAAGUCUCCAGCGGAAUUAUCCAUAAGUGGAAAAUGCUUUAACCAGAGUCGUGAAAAACAUCUCGGCGGUAGUCAAUGAUUUAUGUGUAUCUUGGGCCUGUGAAUUUUGUAGUAUAUAAGAUUUUGUGAUAGUUAAGUUGUAAUGAUGCUAUUAUAUUCUUUUGCUGAAUGUAGUGUUGUAAUUUGUGUAAGGAUUUUUUAUCUG